UUUUUUGCCAAAGUUGGUACAAAAAAUUGUAGGUGGUGAAGAUCGAUACCGAGUUAGAGAGACGUCGAGACGACAACUAGCCAGAUACCACAAGAUCAUAUAUAUGUCUUGUUCAGAGCAGCAACCAGUGAGAAGCCUGAGUGAGGGGUCCUCUGAUGAGCUGAUGCGGCUGAGCAUAGAUGUUGUGGCGGCUGCAGGACAAAACAUUGGUUUCUUGAGAAAUGUUGCAGAAUCACAUUGGCUUCACCAUACACAUGUCCUUGUUGAAGCUAUUCGUAGGUAUGAUGAACUAUGGAUGCCCUUGAUGUCUGAUCUUACUGCAGAAUCCGGGAAGUCACCCAUGAUUCUUCCUCCUAUAGAUAUCGAAUGGGUUUGGUUCUGUCACACCUUAAAUCCGGCAGCUUAUAGGCAGUAUUGUAACUCAAGAUUCUUGAAACUUAUUGGAAAGCCAGCUAUUUUUAACCAAGAAAACAAAGAGUAUGCUAUGGAUAGAUGUAAAGAGAUUUGGAUUGCGAAAUACCCAACUGAGUCUUUUGACAAUGAAUCUGAUUCGGGUGAUGUUCAUGACGUAAAGAUUCUUGAACUUGAAUAUCUCUUAGAAGAAGUAUCAAAGCAAAGAUCUCUCUUCACCAUAUUCUCCAAACCUUACAUGCUAGAGCUCGUGUACUUGAUCGCUGCCAAAAACCGAUACAAGGGAUUUCUUUUUAUGCUGCAAAGAUUUGCUAAUAGCUGUGCAGCAUUUGUACCUACAUUGGAUAUACUAUUAUUGUGGAUUACUCAUAAGAGCUAUCCAACAGCGUAUGCUCUCGAUGUGAAGGAAAUGGAAGUAAAUAUGGAGAAAGUAAUCCAGUCUGAUGAACCAGUAAAAGAAGAAGAUUUGGAAAAGAUGAAGAAGCUUUGGGAGAAAGUGUUUGAUCAGCCAUAUGAGAAAGCCGGCUGUCCAAUAAUUUGUAAUUCUGAUGGUGUAAAACCAAUGAUUCCUUGGGAAAUUACUGAUACCGAUGUUAAUGUAAAGUACCGCCCAUUGCUGCCAAGGUUUCUACUCGAAGUCAAGGCAUUGGUAAAGCAAACCCCGAUAAUGAAGACCCUGCAAACGGAUGUUUCCAAAGAGUUUUUACGUUUCCAGUUGCUUCGAUGUCAUCGAGAGCUUAAAAUGAACAACCCCUUAUCAAGCUUUAAGGAUUCAUGGAAGAAAGUAGUGCAUCUUUACUGUGAAUUUGGGACUAAAGGAAUGGUGGUGGAAUUAAGACGAAAAGGGGGAGUUUGUAUUAAAGGAAGUAAAGUUGUUGAAUCCAAAACAUUUAUGUGGAAUGAGUUGCUUCGAGCACCAUCUAUUACUUUAGAGGGAGUGGUUGGCCAAAGAUUGAGGGUGUUUGUUUCGAUCACACCACCUGCACAAGCACCAUAUUUGUUAAAAUCAGUGCCGGACCGAGUGACUGAUGAUUCGGGAGCCAUGGUGUCUGAGUUGAUCCUUAAAAUGAACCAAUAUCGACCUCAAGAAGGACGGUGGUUGUCUCGUACAGUUCUUGAUCAUGCUGGAAGAGAGUGUUUUGUUAUUCGAAUGAGAGUGGGAGGAGGCAUUUGGAGAAGAGGUACCAACAAACCGACCAUUGUAAAAUGGGAGGAUCGAUGUUUGGAAAUACGUGAGGGGUCGUGGUCUUAUGUUGUUGGUUCCAUUGGCAAAGCACCCGAGAAAGUGAUAGGAACCGCAACACCAAAAAGACCAUCCCAAGAGUGGCAAGCUUCAUGGAGCUUUUCAACCGGACACGAACUUUGCAUAUCAACCAGCAUGAAUUUCAAAAUCAAAACCAGUACUUCCACCGACUCACAGAUUCAGUUGCUAAAAGGCCGACAACUGCAGUACAAAAAUGAAGGAAAGGAAGAAGAUGAAGAAGGGUUUGUGACCAUUGUACGGUUCACUGAGGAAAACCCGGGAGGGAGAGCAACAGGUCUUAUAAACUGGAAGCUGUCAGCAGUAGAAUUCUUACCAGAAGAAGAUGCAGUUUUUGUGUUGCUUCUUAGCACAGCUAUACUGAGAAGUGUUACAGAAAUGAGAAAGGAAGACGUGGGGAGUUUGUUGAUUCGUAGGAGACUGAAAGAAGCAAAACUAGGAACUCGUGAUUGGGGGUCACUCAUCGACCUCGAGCAUUCACUGAAAUCGGAUUAUGUUAAGCCGUGGUAUUGGAACGCUGAGGGGGUGAUGGCACGAGAAGAGGGGGAUUAUGUAACAAAGCGCUAUUCAGCGGAGGAAUGUAGUGAUGAGUUAUAUAAGCAAGCAUUGUUUGGUUGAAACAUAAUAAAUGCAUUGAUUUGGCCUUUAUAACUUAAACAUCCAUGUCGUGAUUUUAAUUAAUUGCUUAUCGUUAAUAUGUACGUAUACUAGAUAUCUAAUUAGUAGUCAGCAGGUAUAAAUCUUGCAUUAUAUUCUGGGUCCUAA